AUGUAUUACUCGGCUCAAUUCCGAGAACAAUGCCUUUUUCAGCUCAACCCUCCACGGCCGGUGGGGGACACCAAGCUGCAAAUACUUCGCUGCCAAGCGGGAGGAAACGAGCUGACUGAUCACUGGUGCAACCAAACCCGGCGAGCAGCCGACGACAUCGGAUGCCGCGCCGUGAUCAGCUUCAAGGAUGGUACGAUACAGCGAAUGACUUGCAAGGCGAAAGUCAACCAACGGUUCCAAGAGUAA